UUCUUUUAUUAAAACUCAAGAAGUGGAAUUUUGACUGGCCGGAGUUGAUAGCUGCUAUAAUGUCAUCACUCAAAGACUGGGAUAUUAUCAAGUUGAGUACUCUGGUAACAAAUGUGGAUGCAAAACUAUCUGCUAGUACUAAAACCGAUAGAGAUUUCCAAAUAAUAUGCUUAGUUAGGCGAAACGAUCAAAUCCUGUUCCGAUAUAUUGACAGUGUGGGAAAGGUGCACCUUAUGCUAAUAUGUUGGUUCGCAGAGAAUUGUAAAACAAUACAAGAUGUAUGCUUUGAUAGCACAGGCAGCUGGCUGUUGGUUUUUUGCUACGAUAAUACAUUACAUAUAGUUCCAGCUUUAUCAAUUUGUGACAAAUCAAGAUACGAAGAUGGUACUUUUAAUCAGAAUGAAAUUACAUCAUUCAUUGUACCGUUUAUCGGACCACACGAGUGUCCCAACCCUCAAACUUGCCCUAAUAACUCGCACAAUAUUUCUGCAGUAGCUUCUCAAAGAUCUUCAAUUAUUUCUGAUGGCAGUAGCAAAUCUAGCAUAAGCCUGGAUAUGGGAAACAGUUCUACGACCGCACAGCAAUGCAUGAAACGAUCGGAGUCUAUUUAUACUACUCACAAAAUUGACGAAGUAUAUUCAUUACAUAGCAUAUAUAAUCAACUAUGCAACAAUGAUCAAGCACAAGUUCCAGCGGAUUCAGUGACUCCGAUUGCCAUGAAAACUAUUGAAAACUUUUUCGCAGAAGGAGCUAUGAGAGAGAAUGUCGCACCGAAGGAAUCUAGCCCGCAGGAAAGCGGUGAAAGCAGGACAAUGAGUUCCAGUAUUGGAUCAACUGCAUCGCUUUCUUGCCCAUAUCCAACAUGCUGUAGCUGGUGGAAAACUCUAACCGAAGAGCCGCGAGCCAUUUUAGGAUACUCCGAUGGGUCUAUUUGUGUUGUUGCUCUGACACCAAACUGUCCGUUUCUUGGAAAUACCAAUUGCGAACGUGGAUCUAUAGUGAAAUUGGUUAUUUGUCAAGACAAUACAAUGGAAACCAUCAGUCUUAUGAUAAAUACAUCAACCAACGAGCAAUGGAAAUUGUUACUUGAACAAAAGUCCAUUAAAUAUACAUUUCCUGGAGAUAUUUCACCAACAUCUAGUAAUGAGUUAAAGACGGAAAUGAUGAAAACACUUGGCGAUUUAGAAAAGCCGGACUCUGGAGCCAUUGACGAUUGGCAGAUAGUACUGUCAUUACCUAAAUCAAAUGAAACGCAAGAUCAAGGAGACAAGAGUUCCAGCCCAAGUGGCUCCGAACCUCAAUCGAGCGAUGAUUUUGAAAAAAUUGAAGGAGAAGGAUCAAUUGAUGAUAGUAAAGCUGAAGCCAAGACGCAACAGGGAGCUCUUCCUAAACUAUUUCCGGCCGCAAAAGCUAGACUGUUAUCGUUGAGGGAUCUAGGAGCCAAAAAGAUCGGAACACUAAAACUGAAACUUUCAGAGAACCGUAUUAAAGCCAAAGAAAAAGAGAAAAUCAAAGACCAGGCAGCAAAUUUGGCUGUGAUGGAAUUACCUGGAAUGUAUCCAGAAAUUUUAACAACUCCGGCUGGUCCUUAUUUCGUAGUACAAUAUUUAGAUGGAAAAUAUCUCCUUAGUGCACUACAUGCAUAUUCAGACACACUGUCGGUUCACAGCAUGGAUAUAAGUUUGAUUCCGCUGCAUAUAUACAAAGUUCCCAAGCGGGUUAAAACGACUGUUUUAACGAAAAACGUUAUUUAUUUGAUGCAUGAACUGAGCCAAGCAUCGGAAAGAUCAACGGACAGUACAAAUUCGUCCCCAUAUGCGGGAGAACAGCCGACAGUAGACGAUAUUCCAUUGCAGUCACGGCGUGAUACUGAGAGUAGUAUCGAGAACAUUGGCAGCAGUCAUAGCCCAACGCAAGUUGAAGACGAAGAUGCGACGACGGAAUCCACUAACACCGAUACAGUCAAAGCAAUAUCUGUGCUUAGUUGCCAAAUGGCAGCAAUGAAAAUGGGCGAUGAUUGCGAUUUUAAUGAACAUGCUAUGUUAGCAAUGUUUACGUUUCCCGAUGAAACAAUUUUAAAUAUUCAUCAGGUUAGAACAUUGGAAGCUAACGGCGAAUCCAACGAAGCAGAUGAAUCAAAACCAAGUGCACAACACGAUUCAGCGGAUGCACGAUCGAUAUUUCAAAAAUCAGCUGUUUCCAACUAUCUGAAAAUGCAAAGAAGCCUAAGAAUGGAUAAAAAAUUAGAAACAACCGAAAGCCAAGUAAUGGUUGAUGAAUUCCCUCGCGUCGAGUUCGACAAUGCACUUGUAGUGACAGACAAGAACUUGUACAGGAUUGAGCUUAGCGAUACAGCUAGAAAUAUUUUUCUGAAAUUGGCUCACAAAUCGAUUUGGGCCGCUUGUGAAGAUUUCUGCAUAACGUUUGGAUUGUCCCUCCCAACCUGCGUGGAGUAUGCAGGGGAUGUUCUACUCAAACGAAGAAAAAUCACGGAAGCUUUGAUGACCUACAACAUUGCCCGUUUGUCUCCAAUGAAAACAGCACUUAAACUAGCUAUGGCCAACGAGAAUGGGGCUUUGAUGAAGCUGUGUUCAAUGGCACUGCGUAAUUCGCACAUUAUCAAUAGUCAGUUUAUUAUGCACGAUAUUAUGAGGAUUCUUGUCGAUGAAGCACAUCUCGGAAAUGUGGUCUAUGAUUCGCUAAUGAAUUUAAAUGCCAAGAUUUCCCUGAAACCCAUAAACGUCGGAGCUCAGUGUAGUGAUUAUUCUUAUGACAAUGAUGACGUUUCAUGGGAUGUUCAGAUUUCAACAACAGCGCAGUUUCAUCUAUCCAACUUGAUGCUUCUCACAUUAUGCGAAAGAUGUGUACAGGACAAAAAUUAUAUCCCGCUUUGGAAUUUUCUGGUGACGAAUAGUAAAUAUCACACCAGUUUGGCAUGUAUAGUGCUUGCGCAUGGAAAACUGUACUCCUCGGCUGUACUACUGGCAAUGAUACGAGGAACCUGCCUGGACGUAUUCAGUUGUCUAAUAGGUAUUUGGGAUCAGUUGUGCGAUAAUGUUCAAGAGCUUAAUGCAUACGCCUAUAAUCUGGCAAAUGAAUUAUUUAUGGAAAGCCUAAUAUAUCUACAAGAGUACGCGCUGGAAUAUUUUGACCUAAUUCGUAAAAGCAUUGAUAAAUUUGACAUCAACGUUUUGGAGCGAUUGAUCCGCCAACUUAAUCCGUUUCACCCAGUAUUUCGACCGCUAAUGCAUAAACUGUCCAAUCAUGAUAGUUCCAGCAAGGAGUUGGACAAACAUCUGCUCCUAUUCUGCAAAUCUUUAAUAGAAUCUUUUCUGGCAGUGUCUAUUCGCGCCCAGAUGCUUAAAACCCACAGUGGAAGCUUUGUCAGUGCACUCAAGCUAAUACGAGUACACUACGAUGAAAAGCUAGUUGAAAUGCGAUUACGACAAUAUUCACCUAUCUCAGCCGGAUUUUCACACGCUGGUUGCGUUGUCAAUAAAGUGGCGUAUCUGUGGGGAUCCAAUGGGGUCAACUGUGCGCUCAGCAGAACAUCGCUACUAGGUGAUCCACUGUCUACCAAUGGAUGUCCGCCGCAUGUGUCCUUCCUGAAACAGCUGGAUCUGGAGGUAUUGGCCGUGCAGUGCGGCAGGCUUCACACGUUACUACUGACUAAUAAUGGGGUCUACUCUAUGGGAGCCAACAAUCUGGGGCAGCUUGGCAUCGGAAGUCACGUGCUUAAUGCACUUCAACCAAUGUUGAUACCGAAGCUAGAUGGCAAAAACAUUACGCAUUUUUGCGCCGGUCAAUACCACAAUGCAGUUGUAGCCGAUGGACUUCUUUAUACUUGGGGAUGGGGUAUAUUUGGACAACUAGGACAUGGUUCUGUCGGAGACUCGCCCGAGCCAAAAGCAGUGGAUUUUUUUAGAAAAAAAAAUAUUCAACAGAUAUCACUUGGUCAUGCGCAUACCCUGGUUCUAUGUAAGCGAGAUAGUAACACUAAAAAUGUUCUCUACGUAUUCGGAUCCAACCAUUAUGGUCAGUUGGGCUUGGGUCAGGAAGACAAGUUUAACACUACUGUUGAUACACGAAAUGGAAAAUCAUUUGUACUUUCAUUAAUCCCUCGCCGUUUGGAAUUUUCGGAGGAAAUCAGCUUAAUUAAUACAAAACUCUUUGCCAAUCUUGUCCUAACCACCGAUAAUAAGCUAUACACCUGGGGUGCAUCCCCUCAGGCUCUGCGAUUGGCGACGCAGGCCCGCAAACGAGCCAAACCUUCGCACAAAAGCCGAUUUUCGGCUCACACCAACCCAUCAGGACCACCGAACGCACCCGAAACCAAAGUAAAUGAACAAUCCCCUCUCGUAUCACCUACUAGUCAAACGGAACAACCAGUUGAAACUACACAAACUAUUGAGCCAAACUCUGUUUUCAAUGAUGAGCAAAAAUCAGACACAACCGACAUCACAUCAACUAAACCUGACAUGCUUGAAGAAAAACCAUCUGCGAUGCAAAUUCCAGAGAUUAAAAUUGAAGAUACAAGUGAAGACUCAAAGUCAAGUGGAGCGAAUGACGAUAAGCAAUCGUUGCCAGCUAACGCUGGGGAAGAUUAUGCUGAGCAUCUGUUCCCUAAUUUGGUUGAUACUACUCUAGUUACGGAUGACAUUGUUAAGAUUUCAAGCGGUCUAUAUCAUUUUGCUAUACUAACAGCGAGAUCCUACUUGUACACUUGGGGUAAAAAUAUUGAACGUCAAUUGGGUCGUGAAGGUGGCCGUAACGAAGUACUGAUUCCAACAAAAUUGGAAACAUUGGCGAACGAUAUUGAAUUUGUGGAAUGUGGUGCUGACUUCACGCUUAUUAUGACAAGUAGUGGCAUCGUCAAAUCAUGGGGAAAUAAUAAUAUGGGUCAAUGCGCAAAGGAAAUUAACCAAGAACGGGGUGGUGGUGUUCCGGGUAAAUUAGUGAGGUUACCCAUUUCUAACAGAUUAGUUCGAAUUCCCGAUAGUUCACAGUUUAUUGAGCUGCCCCACGAGAUUAAACUACCUCUAAGCGACGAAAUGUCAGACACAGCAAACGGCAGCAUUAGUAUGCGAAUGAUAAAGGCAAUGCCGAAGUAUAGGCGUAACUUUGUGAUAAAGAGCACCCUGGAAAAGGUAAUAAGCAAUAAUAUUUCGACAAUAAGUUCUAGCCUGAAUGAUAUUAGCAAUGUUACUGAGAUGGAGGAUUUCGUUGGCGAACUAAGGACAGCAUUUGAUUGCCGCAUUCAACAUCAAAACGCAAGCGCUAUGUCAUCGCUGCAAUCCGUAUCAUAUGCUACUUCACCGACUUCUUUGACUGUUGUAGACGAAGAUGAAGAUGAUUACGCUAUGGACGACAAUGACCCAGACGAGGAACCUAGUUCUAAUGCCUCAUCCCUGUUCAACGAUCGUUAUCUAAUGACCAAUGAUUUCAUACAUUUUUGCAUGUAUAUCUUCCAUGGAUUAUACAGUCAAGACAGCAUACUUGAAAUGACUAAGCGCUGCAAUGAGUAUCACAUACGCAUGAUGGUGCUGAAUUACGACUACGUGGAAGCUUUCCAUUUAAUUCUAGAACUUUUGUCAGGAUCACUUUCAUCGUCCGCAUCACCAAUAACAGUAACUAAAACAACUCUAAAUGUAGUGAAAAUAUUCGAAUAUUUCACCAAGGACUCCAACAUCGUUCCGAUGGACACUGCCAAUUUCAAGUAUUUCAUCUACGAACUAUUUAUGUUUUUUAUUAAGCACAACAUUUCGCUGGACAUGCUUGAAGAGUACUUUUUACGCAAUUUAGACUACUAUUUGGUGCAGUUGGCGUUCGUACUUUAUUUCAACAAUACUAACAAUUUGAUGGCCGGCGCUGUGCGAAACGAUGUAGAUCGGGAAACACUAGAGCUGGAAAGAAAGUUGCUAGACAAGUUUAACAACAAUGGCAACAAUCUGUUCGCCGAGGCCACUUUCGGUGGUAGUACUGGACAGUUUUCGACAAAUGCGAAAGUGGUACGCAAGCUGGAAAACACGGACUGUAUUAGCAAGGCACUUUCCACUAAAUUCAGUGUGACAGUGUGCCAGAAAUUGAUCGAAUACUUUGAGCGCUACAAAUGACUGCUAUCGUGGAUGGAACGUUCGCGGUAAACGUUAUUUUUAGUUUUCGCUGCAUCAAAGCCAAAUAUGUUAUAUUUUAUGUUAUUAUUUCUUGUGACUGGUGUGAAAGUUUAGUUUGUUUUUAUAUUCAUCUAUUGAAAGUAUUUGUAUACUAUAUUGUGUGUUACGCACAGGUAAUCGAAUGUUGUAGAUAUUUGAGUGAUUAUUUAUUAUUAGACUGCUUAUAUGCUUUAGUACCAUCACAUGUUUGAUAUGUUAUCGUACCUUCAGUAAAUUUUCUUGCAGGAUAUUGAAAGACUGAGAAAUUAACACAUCAUUGGUUUACGCUAUUCGAUUAUUAAACGUGCAAUGCGGAUUCUUCAAAUCCUAAGAGUAUCUUUGGCAAGAAGGAGAAAAAACUUAACGAACACUUCAGUUGCGAUUCUGUUUUAUGCAGGCUCUAGUCAUAUUGAAGCAAAGCAAUAGGCAAUUUGAUGUUUAAUCAUUUAACGUUGAAUUUUAACUGUUUGGGCAGGAUACGGAGUAGCAAGGCAAUACACAAGUCAGUGGCAUUGGCAAUCUAGAUGGUUGUUAGGGCUUGUUCUAUUCAUAAAUACAGAAUAUCUAAUCACAUGCUACUUUUAAAUAUCUACUAAUUUUAUAGUCUUGUCAAUUGAAGCACAACAUACUAUUUGAGCAACAGUUUCUUGUAUCAUCAUGAUAAAUGAACCAGAGAUAUCUCUUGCAAAGCAGUCAAACUACAAUUAUUAGCUGUGUUAUUAGCUCAUUCAAACCGUUAUAUAGAUAAAAUGCGGGAAAUAAUCAAUUCCCGAUAAGAUUGUAUAUUGUACAACAAAAAUGUUUUUUUGGUAUAGUCGGUUGAUAUGCUUCUCCAAAUAAUUGGCUCAUAAGAACUGUAUGUUCAAGUUUAUGGAAGACUUAACUACCAGCCAUGUCUUAUCACAAAAUAAUUCCUACUGUCAUAUCUGAUACAUAAAGCUUAUAACUUUUUGGUCGUGUGAGCUCAAAUCCGGAGAAAAAUCAUGAGCGACGGUCUCCCGCUUAAUUUUGACCUCUGAAAAUAACGUAUAUAAAUAUAACAUUUUAAGUGACAGUAGUAUGCAAUGAUUUGUUUGUUGAACUAAAUUAUUAUUCUUGCAACUUUUUACAAGUUAAAUGCGAUAACAAAAACAUAUUUUACAAAAAAAAUUGUUUGAUAUCUAUAUUAGCUGCAUAUACCUGAUAAACGAAUGGCUUACCAUUUGAUUUCAAAAACACCGUUAUUUGUGAGGAGUCAGGUAAGACAGUAGGAUUUUUAGUUGAAACACUGCGGUUGAGCCUUCCACCUUUUAUAUUAAGUUAACUGCUCUGCCACGAGCACCGAACCUUAUUCUUCGACGUCAUUUCAAUACUAAAGCUUCGAGAAUAGCUUUAAAAAAUCUCCUGAAAUAACCUGUUUGCCUUUGCCACUGAUGAAAUAGAAUAGCACAUAUUGUAACGUUCAUCUAAAAGGAUUGCAUAAAGAAUUGAAAUGGCUUUACAGUUACCGUGAUUAAUUGAUCCUAUUCAUUGUCUUUAAAUAACUUACUGACCAAGUCAUUAGAGUUAGAAUUUACUCACAUACAUAUUCAUAUAAAUUACGGAAUAGACUAAUAGCUUUUGAAAAAAACAUGCGUGUUUCGAUGUAUAAAAUCACGAAACAUAAACAAUAUUGAUAUUCAAUUCAAGGGUUCAUUAUUAGCAACUCCUUUAAUUGUUAGUGUUAGCUAAAUAACAAAAUAUAAGUAAAUUUUUGAGCUAUUUUUUGCUAAAUUAUUGUUAUCCAGGUUUUAAUUUACCAUUCAAGGGAUUGUUCAAG